AUGCAAAGAUUAACAAAAAAGUUUUAUUUUUCUUUAAUCCAAAAAGUUGAUAAUUAUGAUUGUCUUCACAUAAAUGCUCAAAGUUUAGAUAAGUAUUUGGUCAACCAUUAAUUAUUAAAAUAGAAAUUAGAAAAGGUGUUAUAGGAUAGCAUUGAUAAAAAUUUGAAUGCCAUUUGGUUGAGAUUAGAUAAGCAUUAACUUAUUUUAUCAUAAUUGAUUUCAGAUUUAGGAUUUUAAAUGCAUCAUUGCACUUAAGACUAUUUAUUAUUUAGUAAAUGGCUUCAUAAGGAAUCAUCUAGAUUGCCCAAUUAUGCUUCUCAUAAGAUUAUUUUACAAUAUUUAUUAAUUAAUAGUAAAAAUUAGGUUUUUCUUAUUGAUAAUCAAAUGCCUUAAUAAGAUGUAGAUGAUUCAUCCUUAUUUCCAAUUAUGGCUUAGAAAUAUUUUAAAUAAAACUACAAUUUAAAUAUAUAAGCUCUUUAUGUUUGUGAUGUUGCACAAUAAGUGAAUUCAAAUAUAACCAUCACUCUUAAAUGUUAAUUAUAACAAGAAGACUAAUCUUAAGAAAACUUUGUCUAAAAAACAAUCAUUGGUUACGAUUAGAGAUUUGAGAUUAAUUCUUUUGAUAAAUAUAUUAUUUAUAACAAAUCUUAAUGA